AUGUUUUUUCGUGAUAAAGUAGCUAAAGUAUCUUUAAGAGAUAUGCUCGAAAUUCAAGAACGUCUUGGAACGAAAAAUUUUACAAAAGCCUUACAAAAAGAAGCAGAAGAAAAUGAUAAUGAUGACGAUGAUGAUAAUAAUGAACAAUUCGCGCGUAAGACUCAAACAUCAACAACUAUAAAAAAACCAAUAUCUACUGAACGAACAUCAAAACUCGAACCAUUGGAAAUAUCAUCAAAACGACAACCAGCAAAAAAAGAUCAAAUUCCUGUUCAUUUGCGUGGCAGACGAAAACUUAUUGAUCCACGUUUUAAUGAACAAUUUGGGGAUUAUGAUGCUAAAGAAUUUCGACAAUCCUAUCAUUUUAUUACUGAUAUGAGACGAAAAGAAUUAAAUGAUCUUAGAAAACAAUUGAAAACAUCUGAAGAUCCAACAGAAAAAAUGAAAUUAAAAGCAGUUAUUAAUCGUCUUAAAUCUCAAGUGAAAAAUGUUGAUGAUUUAGAUCGUGUUGAAAAAGUUUCGAAAGAAAUUGAACAAAAAAGUGAAAAACUUGCGAAUAGUGGUGAAUCUACACCAUAUAUAACAAAAGAAGUUCGAAAAGUAAUGAAAUUAGCAACAACAUAUACAGAUUUGAAAAAUACAGGACGAAUCGAUGCUUAUUUAAGUAAAAAACGUAAACGUUUAGCAAGUAAAACAAAGAAACAAAUGCCAACACGACGUGUUAACGAUGAUGACGACGAAGAUUAA